GUGACGCAAACACCGUCAGCGUUCUGCGCGUAUAAUCCGAUCUAAGUCAACAUCAAGCUAUCAACUAAAUAUAGCAUUUCUCUUCAAGAGCGAACCAGUGGGGCACCCCUUACGGUUGAUCUGAUUGAUUGCCAUUUACAAAGCAAUAUACACCACUGAACCUCUCUAUCACGAGAACAAGCCUCGAAAAAGUCAUGAGUGGCUUCAACAAAGCCAUGGGCGAGGAGCCAAUCGCCACGCCUGGGACCACCGACUUUGAGGACACUGAUGUCGAAGGCCUGAUUCAAGAGAUAGACCCCAUUGAGGAGGCGAAGUUGGUACGGAAGUUGGAUCUGUUCCUGAUCCCUGUGGUCAUGCUGUUGUAUCUGCUCAGUUUCCUCGAUCGUGUCAACAUUGGCAAUGCUCGACUGUAUGAUCUCGAAUCAGAUCUCAAUCUCAGCCCAAAUCAAUUUCAGACUGCUGUUUCGAUUCUCUUCGUGACGUACAUCUUAUCAGAGGUCCCGUCCAACCUGGUACUCAAGAAACUGCGUCCCUCCCGCUGGAUCGCCUUCAUCACUGUAUCAUGGGGCGCGGUCGCCACGCUCACUGGCGUUGUCCAGAACUACGCCGGACUCCUUGUCUGCCGUCUCUUUCUCGGUGCUGUAGAAGGAGGUCUCUUUCCCGGGAUGGCCAUCUAUCUCACCUUCUUCUACACCAAGCGUGAGCUUGCCCUCCGGAUCGGGUACCUCUUCGUCUCCGCCGCACUCGCCGGUGCUUGUGGUGGCCUCCUGGCCUUCGCAAUCGGUCACAUGCACGGCACCGCUGGACAGUCAGGCUGGCGCUGGAUCAUGAUCAUUGAAGGAGCUCCCACCUUUGUCCUCGGCAUCGCUACCUGGUGGAUUCUGCCCGACAACCCACAGACUGCGUACUUCCUCGACGAUCGACAGCGCGCACUAGCUGUACGCCGUCUGACGCUGCAAACAGGAUACACCAAGAGCGCCGUCGAGUUCCACUGGGAGGACGUCAGGAAGGCAGUAAAGGACUGGAAGGUAUGGGCGUUCUGUCUUGCGCUCUUCGGCAGUGAUUGUAUGCUUUACGGAUACUCGACCUUCCUCCCGACCAUCAUUCGCGGUAUCAACCCCGGGGCUUCGACUGCCAUGGUACAAGUCCUGACCAUCCCCUGCUACGCUCUGGGCGCCAUCACCUACCUCAUCGUUGCGAGGGUCUCCGACCACCAACAGAAGAGAGGACUAUGGACGGUAAUGCUGGGUCUCGUGAGUAUCAUCGGCUACGCGCUUCUGAUCAGCGACACCAGUUCGUCAGUCCAUUAUGCGGGGUGCUUCCUCGUAGCGAUGGGAUUGUACGUUUUUGUCGGUUUGCCGCUCGCUUGGCUGCCGACGAAUUGCCCAAGAUACGGCAAGCGAACGACAGCUACGGGGCUGCAGUUGUCGAUGGGAAAUUGUGCGGGUAUCAUGUCUAGUUUCCUCUAUCCAAAGGGCGAGUCUCCGAGAUUCAUUCGCGGUCAUGCGGUCACUAUGGCUAUGGUUGCGUUUGCAAUUAUCAUCUACACCGUCAUGUGGCGGUACUUCUCAAUGGUCAAUGCGAGGAGGGAGGCUGGAAAGGAGGAUCAUUUGAUCGAGGGUAUGGAUGAGCAUGAGAUCGCCGAAAUGGGUGAUGAAAGUCCCAAAUUCAGAUAUGCCGUCUAAGGGAAGGAAGGGAUGAGGAAUGAGGG